AUGUCCACACGCCCACAUGACGCGAGAAUCAAAUUUCAUUCUUUUGCUUUUUGCCUCUUCCUAUUUCUUCUUUCUUUUUCACAUUUUUUCUUUCUUUUUGCCAUUUUUUAUUUGCUUUUCUUUCAUUUAUUUUGUAUAUUUUCUUUCUUUCUUUCUUUCUUUCCCUCCAAACAAUCACUGUUCCUCCUUGUAGCCCCACGGGAACCAUUUCGAAAGCCCCACUUAACCAAUGUUCCGCGUUGCAAUGACGGAUAUGUUCGCGACAAUAGAUUAGAGAAACGUCCACCACAUCGCCACUCUUCUCCCAUUUACCAACGCUCUUCAUUUACUAUUGUCGUCUUCUUCUCUUUCUUUCUACUGCCUUACUCUCCACGGGGAAAAAUGAAGAACUCUCUUUUCAGGUCUCUCUCUCUCUCCCCCUCUCCCUCUCCCUUCUCUCUCUCUCUAUCUAUCUAUCUAUCUAUCUAUCUAUCUAUCUAUCUAUCUAUCAGUUAUUUGAAAAUAUACAGACGAAUAUUUUCUUUCUUUCUACCUGUGUGUGUAUGUGUGUGUGUCUAUCUAUCUCUAUCUAUCUAUCUAUCUAUCUAUCUAUCUAUCUAUCUAUCUAUCUAUCUAUCUAUCUAUCUGUCUCCUGUUCAUGUCGUUCUGCCUGUCUGUUCAUAUCUAUCAUUGUUCAUCUGUUUGUGCGUUUAUCGUAUUGCAUCUCCUCAUAUCACUCUCUUUUUAUGUACAGAUAUGAAUGUUGCCUAA